UUUCCCAUGUCUCUGAUCCACUCAGUGGUGGUAUGGGCCUCUGCAGUUGCCAUAGGGAGGGGACGGCUCUGAUUCCUUGGAAUGUGCUGUCUGUGCCCACUGACCCUUGGCCAGGUCCUUGGGCUGCUGACUUCAGCUGGAACCUGAAGCUUCCUUUCCUGAUCAUAGAGAUGGGGACACGGCCAACCCUGAGAGAGGUGGAGAGGAUUCCCCUGCAGGCUUCAACAGUGGACAACUGGAGCCAGAUCCAGGGCUUUGAGGCCCGGCCGGAUGACCUCCUCAUCUGCACGUACCCUAAGUCAGGGACCACCUGGAUUCAGGAAAUUGUAGACAUGAUUGAACAACAGGGGGAUGUGGAGAAGUGUCAGCGAACCAUCAUUCAACACCGCCAUCCUUUCCUCGAGUGGGCCCGCCCCCCCCAGCCUUCUGGUGUGGAAAAAGCCAACUUAAUGCCCCCUCCACGGAUACUAAGGACUCACCUUCCUGUUCAACUGCUGCCACCGUCUUUCUGGGAGGUGAACUGCAAGUUCCUUUAUGUAGCUCGAAAUGCCAAAGACUGUAUGGUUUCCUACUAUCAUUUCCAAAGGAUAAACCAAAUGCUUCCUGACCCUGGGACCUGGGAAGAAUAUUUCGAAAGCUUUACCAAUGGGAAAGUGAGCUGGGGCUCCUGGUAUGACCACGUCAAGGGAUGGUGGGAAUUGAAGGACAAAUGCCAGAUGCUUUUCCUCUUCUACGAGGACAUAAAAAGGGACCCAAGGCAUGAAAUCCAGAAGGUGAUGCAGUUCAUGGGCAAGAACUUGGAUGAGACGGUGCUAGACACCAUAGUCGAGGAGACGUCAUUUGAGAAAAUGAAAGCCAACCCCAUGACAAAUCGUUCAACCGUUCCCAGGUUUAUUCUGGACCAGUCCACUUGCUCCUUCAUGAGAAAAGGAACAGUGGGAGACUGGAAAAACCACUUCACUGUGGUGCAGAAUGAGAGAUUUGAUGAAAUCUACAGGAAAAAGAUGGAAGGGAGCUCGAUCCAUUUCUGCACAGAACUCUGAGUGGACCAUAAGUCAGAAGGCUCAUCUACCUGAGCUUUUCCAGGGUUAAUAUCACCACAAUUACACAUUUAUCACAGUUAUGAGUCCUCCAGCUAUAACAGGGAUCUUUGUUGUAUUGGGAUAGUCCUGCUUUCCAGUAAACAGAAUAAUCAAGGGUAGUGAAGUUCCUGUAAAGACAAAGACUUGAGUUGUAAAAUUCCAUCAUUCUGUGUGGUUCCUUGGAGUUUCAGUUUGAAUUAAAAAUGGUGAAAUUUGAAAGCAUGUGAACUGUCAGGUAUGAAAUUCUUCAGUCAGUGCAAAGUCUUGUUCAUAAAGGGAAUAUUUCACUGUUUUGAACGACAGUUUCACAAAUGGAAAUUUAGUUUCUCUUCUAAUUGUUAAUAUUUGUUUUAAAACUUAAAGAGGAAUCAAGAAGCUGAAAAUCAUGUCAGUGGUAAGAUUUAGUAAUUAUUUGAAUUAUGCUUUUACGGAUAUUCUUAUUUUAUUAAAAUCGACUCAUUCUGUUUUUUUCUUUACAUGGAUGUAUACACAAUGUGGGAUAAAAGUUCUCCCUGACUGUA